AUGGAUGUCAUCAAGACGACUUUAGCAUUCGCCUUCGGUACCACUCAUUUUGUCGCGGCAGCCUUCGAAUCGCAAUCUUCUCACCUGGACCAUAUCAAAUCACACGUGAAUGGAUACUACACAUUCGGACAUUACGUCGAUAUUCUCACGGCUGCCUUUCCAGCUAUUUCCACUUUGUCGCUUUUGAUGAAAAGAAAUAAGCUUUCUAAAGUUGCUCAUGAAAUUAAUAAGUUAUGUGAAUUAUUAGGAAUCCGGGCGACAUCAUGCAACAUUAAGAUAUGGCAUUACAUCUUUGUUCUGGCUUUACUUGUGGAAUAUUUAUUCGAAUUUCGGACCGAUGGGUAUGCCAUGCUUGAUUCUCCAUCGGUUUAUACUUUUUAUUCGUCGGUAUUUUUGGUUUGGGUAAUACUGCGGCAGUUCGCCGAACGAUUUGCUGUUCUCAGAUUCUAUUACGGACAACUUUCGGAACUGCUCAACAUCCCGAGGGUGGAGAAAGAUAAGUUGGUCAAAUACCACGAGAUGUUGGGCGGCUUUGAAGACCUACCACAUCGAGUCAACAUCACCGGACCCGGCCUAUCAACAUUUAUCUGA